CAGCUGUACGACCUCCUCCUCACCGUCCCGCCCGGGUCCGUCACCACCUACGCCCAGCUAGCCACCCUCCUCGACUCUUCCGCACGCGCAGUCGGCUCGGCCCUGCGCAACAACCCGUUCGCGCCGUUCGUCCCUUGCCACCGCGUCAUCGCCUCGACCCUCUACAUCGGCGGCUUUGGCGGCGAGUGGAUCAAGCCCGGCCCGGGUGCGCGAGGACGGGCGGCGGCAAAGGCGAACGGCGACGGCGGCGGCGACGGCGACGAGGGCCGGCGCACGGGCGAGAAGCGCGAGCUGUUGCGGCGCGAGGGAGUCGAGUUUGACGCAAAGGGCUUCCUCAGGACCAAGCGCUCGCUGUGGGACGGCGGCGUCGUCGCGCGCGAGAGCGGGGCUGGAGCGGGGCCGGGCAGCAGAGGGGCCCGAACGGUCACCGCUCUCGACGACUCGCUCGUAGGCACUGCUCUCGGAUAA